AUGGCCUCUGCUCCUCAAUCCACCAUCUCGACACGUCAAGAAGUGAGUAGUCCGGUCCCUACACCGCGCAGCAUCAACAAGAAGGCCAAGUCCAGGCCUGUGGACAAGGACGGACGCUACCGGAACCGUCUCAGCCACACCUCCGCCCCCAUCUACCUGUCCAAGGCUAAGAAACCUGCCCCUGCAGAGGACCUGGGGGGUGUAGGGGGGGUGGGGGGGGUCAACAACUGGCUGCCUGGACCGGGCGGGCCUGAAGACCAGCAGACACUGCCCCUGCCUCAGAGACAACGCAGGGACAACACACACAUCAGCACGGAGGAGGAAACAGGAGGAAGACCAUUCCCUUCCAUUAUAGAUCUGCACAUCCUGGAGACAGACCAACACAUCUCAUCACACAACUGUCCCCAUCCUGACAGCUGCAGCUAUUCCGUAUCACUCCAAGGAACCAGGAACUCCUCCAUGUCAAAAAUCACUCUACACAUGAGUUCCAGUGCCAGUGUGUGGGUCAAACAGUGUGGAGUCACCAGAGGACGGCUGUGUCCUGACCACAGAGAGACCGAGCUCUAUGCUGGAGAAAGAACAGUUACUGAGGGGACAAAUCACCUGUGGUCAGUAUCUGUACUGUCAUUCCAGGACGUUACCUAUCACUUCAGAGUGGCCAAAUCUAGUGAAGUGAGGUGUGGCGUAGAGGAUGAGAACGUAUCCACCACACCGCCAUACUCUGACUUCUACUUCCUCAUUCAAAGCAGCUGCUCGUGAGAGGAGAGGAAACUAAGCAUGCGAACUAGUGUGCUGCUUUGAACGUAUCCGCAGACUGACCCAGGGUAUCUUAACUAGUACACCUCCUAUCCCAUCCUUCUCUCUCUCUCUCUGGCUCCUUCCAAACAAUAGGGGAUCGAAAAACUAUUUAUUCUGCUCUCAAACUUAUGAGAGAGGCAUGAAUGUGGAACUGUAUCCACCCAAGCUCCGAUGCCUUACAUGAUGUCAUGAUGAUAUAGACUUACAGUGUAUUCGGAGAGUAUUCAGACCCCUUGACUUUUUCCAUAUUUUAUCACAUUUUACAUAAGUAU